AUGAGCGGAGCAAACGGCAAAAAGGGCCCUUCGUCCGGUGUCAUGGACUGGAUCCGCUCGGCUUGUCGAUUUGCAACAGACAGAAACGACUUCAGAAGGAAUCUUCUGGUCAACUUAGGUUUGUUUGCCGCUGGUGUUUGGGUGGCAAGAAAUCUCUCAGAUUUUGACCUGAUGUCUCCUCAGCCAGUAACAUAACCAAAACCAGGAUGAUGGUGUCUCGGACCAUGAAGAAACAAGGGACAUGAAAAAAAUUCAUAAAAAGUUUUUAUGACUAGUUAUACUUUGUAAACAAAUUGCCUUGUUUACCCGAAUUUUCUUUUUUUAUUUUCAUUUUUGUGUAGAUGAUAUGAAAACAAAUAAUUACAUUUAAUGAAGUGUC